UCUCGCCGUCAGUUUCUCUCUCUCGACCCACCCCACCGAACAAGGCCUCUGUCCACCUGGUCCGUUUGAAUCAACAUAGCAUUUUAGCCGAACAUAGCCAUGUCUUUGGAGGUAGAAUCCGCAGACGUGAUCCGUCUAAUAAUGCAGUACCUGAAAGAGAACAAUCUUCAUCGCAGCUUGGCCACUCUGCAGGAGGAAACCACUGUGUCGCUAAACACGGUGGAUAGCAUAGAGAGCUUUGUAGCUGAUAUUAAUAGCGGCCACUGGGACACUGUCUUACAAGCCAUCCAAUCUCUCAAGCUGCCUGAUAAGACCCUCAUAGACCUCUACGAACAGGUGGUGUUGGAGUUGAUCGAGCUUAGAGAGCUGGGAGCUGCCCGAUCUCUUCUCAGACAAACAGACCCCAUGAUCAUGCUGAAGCAGACCCAGCCUGAGAGGUACAUACACUUGGAAAAUCUGCUGGCUCGCUCCUACUUUGAUCCAAGGGAGGCAUAUCCAGAUGGGAGUAGUAAGGAGAAGAGGAGAGCAGCCAUUGCCCAGGCCUUGGCUGGAGAGGUCAGUGUAGUGCCACCAUCACGUCUGCUGGCUCUGCUGGCACAGUCUCUGAAGUGGCAACAGCACCAAGGCCUACUGCCCCCAGGGAUGACCAUUGAUUUGUUCAGAGGAAAAGCUGCAGUAAAAGAUGUGGAAGAUGAACGUUUCCCCACACAACUGAGCCGACAGAUAAAAUUUGGCCAAAAGUCCCAUGUAGAAUGCUCGCGAUUCUCUCCUGAUGGACAGUAUCUGGUCACAGGUUCUGUGGAUGGCUUUAUUGAAGUUUGGAACUUCACCACAGGAAAAAUCCGAAAGGAUUUGAAGUAUCAAGCACAAGAUAACUUCAUGAUGAUGGAUGAUGCAGUGCUUUGCAUGUGUUUCAGCCGAGACACAGAGAUGCUAGCCACUGGAGCUCAGGAUGGGAAGAUCAAGGUGUGGAAGAUCCAGAGUGGCCAGUGCUUGAGGCGCUUUGAGCGUGCCCACAGUAAAGGUGUCACAUGUGUGAGCUUCUGCAAAGACAGCACUCAGCUUCUCAGUGCUUCUUUUGACCAAACCAUCAGAAUCCAUGGUUUAAAGUCAGGAAAAACAUUGAAGGAGUUCCGUGGCCACAGUUCUUUUGUGAAUGAGGCAUCCUUCAGUCCAGAUGGACACCAUGUCCUCAGUGCAUCCUCUGAUGGUACAGUGAAGGUAUGGAAUGUGAAGACCACUGAAUGCACAAACACCUUCAAGCCUUUGGGCACAUCAGCUGGCACAGACAUCACUGUUAACAAUGUGAUCCUGCUGCCUAAAAAUCCAGAGCACUUUGUGGUGUGCAAUCGCUCCAAUACAGUGGUCAUUAUGAACAUGCAAGGACAGAUUGUGAGGAGUUUCAGCUCUGGUAAAAGAGAAGGUGGAGACUUCGUGUGCUGCACCCUGUCACCCAGAGGAGAGUGGAUCUACUGUGUGGGAGAGGACUUUGUGCUGUACUGCUUCAGCACACUCACAGGCAAAUUGGAGAGAACCCUAACUGUCCAUGAAAAAGAUGUGAUUGGCAUCGCGCACCACCCUCACCAGAACCUCAUUGGUACCUACAGUGAAGAUGGUCUGCUCAAACUUUGGAAGCCUUAGUGUCAUUUUACAUGUAUGUUAAAAUGGAAAAUAUUCAGGGGUAGGGCUGCAAGAUUCAUUGUAAUUAAAUCAAAAUCACAGUUUUAAUGGAUGCAAUUGGCAAGUGGCAAAGGAGUACCAUAACAAAGUACAAAAUAUCUUAUCUUAUUCUGUAUUAAAUACUGCUAUCCCUGUAGUUUAGAUCUAUACAAACAUUAUCUGACAUGUGAUUCUUGUAUUAGUUCAGUUCAUUUUUUGUCUUUUGUCAGUUUGUCUCAAAUCCUUCAAUUACAUAUUUUUUCCCCCAAAUUGUGCAGCCCAAGAGGAAAUUUCUGAUGUAGAUGUUUUUGCUGCAUUUCAGUUUUGCUUUUUUAAAUUGUACCAUGAUGUUUAAUACAUUUAACGCAUUUUGACAUGUUUUCUGUUAUUUUUGCAUUAGGCCUGUACAAAACAAAAACAAAUAACAUGUACGUUUUGAAUAAAAAAACAUGUAGAUCUACAAAAAAGAU